GAGCUGUGGAACAAGGAGGAGGGUGGAGAGGGUGGAGGAGAGGAGGGUGGUGAGGGUGGAGGAGAGGAGGGUGGUGAGGGUGGAGGAGAGGAGGGUGGAGGAGAGGAGGGUGGAGGAGAGGAGGGUGGAGGAGAGGAGGGUGGUGAGGGUGAAGGAGAGGAGAGGAGGGUGGUGAGGGUGGAGGAGAGGAGGGUGGAGGAGAGGAGGGUGGUGAGGGUGGAGGAGAGGAGGGUGGUGAGGGUGGAGGAGAGGAGGGUGGUGAGGGUGGAGGAGAGGAGGGUGGAGGAGAGGAGGGUGGAGGAGAGGAGGGUGGAGGAGAGGAAGAUGGUGAGGGUGGAGGAGAGGAGGGUGGAGGAGAGGGUGUUGGACGCUGAUCAGGCCCUGCUUUUACCAGCUUCCUGCCUCCAAAUAACAUAAUUUUUACCAAAACAGGUGUCCGUCCGCUUUGUUAUUGUUUGAAUCGCAGAUUGCCCCUUUAAUAGAUUCCUGCCUCCCAGUAACAUCAGAACCAACUAGGCCGGCUUCCCUUCCCUCUCUAAUGGACACAACACACUGUUUUUGUGGUCGUCUCUGUCAAAAAGGAGGUUGGUUCUUCUUACACUAAAUAGACAAACUAAAUCCAAAGUAUUCCUUUACUUAGCGACUUUUGAAUGUAUUGUUUUUUCUGGCUUGCAGCACUGCAGCAGUGGAAAAUACUUAGGCACAGAAACGUUAUGGUCAAAGCCUUCUCCAGUGUGUAUCAAUGUGUUUGCCUCUGUCCACAGGUCUCAGCUGGCCAUGAAGUACCUGGACCCGGCCUUCACCCCUCUGACCAAUGCCCUGAACGAGGGCCUCCAGGAGAACACCUCCAAAUGGCGCUAUAACAGAACGGCUUUCACAGAACAGAGGUGAAGUAGCCUAUAGGAUACAGUGGGGAAAAAAAGUAUUUAGUCAGCCACCAAUUGUGCAAGUUCUCCCACUUAAAAAGUUGAGAGAGGCCUGUAAUUUUCAUCAUAGGUACAAGUCAACUAUGACAGACAAAAUGAGAGAAAAAAAUCCAGAAAAUCACAUUGUAGGAUUUUUAAUGAAUUUAUUUGCAAAUUAUGGUGGAAAAUAAGUAUUUGGUCAAUAACAAAAGUUUCUCAAUACUUUGUUAUAUACCCUUUGUUGGCAAUGACACAGGUCAAACGUUUUCUGUAAGUCUUCACAAGGUUUUCACACACUGUUGCUGGUAUUUUGGCCCAUUCCUCCAUGCAGAUCUCCUCUAGAGCAGUGAUGUUUUGGGGCUGUCGCUGGGCAACACGGACUUUCAACUCCCUCGAAAGAUUUUCUAUGGGGUUGAGAUCUGGAGACUGGCUAGGCCACUCCAGGACCUUGAAAUGCUUCUUACGAAGCCACUCCUUCGUUGCCCGGGCGGUGUGUUUGGGAUCAUUGUCAUGCUGAAAGACCCAGCCACGUUUCAUCUUCAAUGCCCUUGCUGAUGGAAGGAGGUUUUCACUCAAAAUCUCACGAUACAUGGCCCCAUUCAUUCUUUCCUUUACACGGAUCAGUCGUCCUGGUCCCUUUGCAGAAAAACAGCCCCAAAGCAUAAUGUUUCCACCCCCAUGCUUCACAGUAGGUAUGGUGUUCUUUGGAUGCAACUCAGCAUUCUUUGUCCUCCAAACACGACGAGUUGAGUUUUUACCAAAAAGUUCUAUUUUGGUUUCAUCUGACCAUCUGACAUUCUCCCAAUCCUCUUCUGGAUCAUCCAAAUGCACUCUAGCAAACUUCAGACGGGCCUGGACAUGUACUGGCUUAAGCAGGGGGACACGUCUGGCACUGCAGGAUUUGAGUCCCUGGUGGCGUAGUGUGUUACUGAUGGUAGGCUUUGUUACUUUGGUCCCAGCUCUCUGCAGGUCAUUCACUAGGUCCCCCGUGUGGUUCUGGGAUUUUUGCUCACCGUUCUUGUGAUCAUUUUGACCCCACGGGGUGAGAUCUUGCAUGGAGCCCCAGAUCGAGGGAGAUUAUCAGUGGUCUUGUAUGUCUUCCAUUUCCUAAUAAUUGCUCCCACAGUUGAUUUCUUCAAACCAAGCUGCUUACCUAUUGCAGAUUCAGUCUUCCCAGCCUGGUGCAGGUCUACAAUUUUGUUUCUGGUGUCCUUUGACAGCUCUUUGGUCUUGGCCAUAGUGGAGUUUGGAGUGUGACUGUUUGAGGUUGUGGACAGGUGUCUUUUAUACUGAUAACAAGUUCAAACAGGUGCCAUUAAUUCAGGUAACGAGUGGAGGACAGAGGAGCCUCUUAAAGAAGAAGUUACAGGUCUGUGAGAGCCCGAUAUCUUGCUUGUUUGUAGGUGACCAAAUACUUAUUUUCCACCAUAAUUUGCAAAUAAAUUCAUAAAAAAUCCUACAAUGUGAUUUUCUGGAUUUUCUUUUCUCAAUUUGUCUGUCAUAGUUGACGUGUACCUAUGAUGGAAAUUACAGGCCUCUCUCAUCUUUUUAAGUGGGAGAACUUGCACAAUUGGUGGCUGACUAAAUACUUUUUUUCCCCACUGUACAUCUGGGUCCUAUUCAUUAAGCACUAACUAAAAUGUUUUACAACAGAAAGCAGUGUUGUUAUUGGGCACAUUCAGGUAGUGACCUUCCUUUUUAAACACUUUUUUGGGGGGCCUAAUGAACAUGACCCAGGCCAGGCUCAUCGAAGCACAAUAACUUUAGACCAGGCUUUGUCUCUGGUAUUAUUAAAAUGAUAGAAGCAGAUUUGGUUCUGGGUGCUGAGAUUAGACCAGGCACUAAGCUAUGGAGGGUUUUGGAGGGAAUGUUGUUUAGGAGUGUUUAGGAAUGGUUUUAGGAUGGAAUGUUGCUAAUGUAUUACUAGAUCGUAAAGAGAGUUAGCAAGUCCCAUGCAUACAGGAUUCAGUAAGACCCUCCAUAGGUCACCAGGCAUAGAAGUGUAUUUUGGGGUUCCUAGUGUGGGGGAGUGGGGCACUACCACUGGUGGGGGAGAAUGCUGGCACAGACAACAUGGACAGUUCUUAAAGGUGCAAUAUGGAGAUAUCGCUCCACCAUUUCCUGGUUGCUAAACUUGUAGUAGUUCGACUAAUUUCAGUUUAUGUGACAAAACAAGCGGCCAUUGUGUAGAGAAUCAUUGUACCAUCUAAACCGCUGUGAAAUAUAUUUUCCUUAACCAAAAAUAUUGUAUUUCCAGCUGUUUGAAGCUGGUGGACAAAACCAAAAGUAAAAGACGCAAAAACAAAACUUAAGAACGGGAAGCAUAGAAAUAGCGCACAUAGAACAGAUCUACCGCCUUCUUAGACUUGCUUUCAAUGAAAAUGACAGCUCUAUAACUCACAGUUCUAUGUGAAUUUGGUGGGCUCAUCCAAAAAUGUACAUAUUGCAGCUUUAAUCCUUAAGAGUUGAUUGAUGCACCUGUGCGUCAAUCUAAUUAACAUAAUACAAAGAUCCCCAUCAAAAAUCCGUCUGUUUAAGCUAGAGAUAUGUUUUUUUGUAUGGGUUGCAUUUCAAUCCACCGCAUCCGCCGACGUCGUCCUUCCGCAUCUGCGGUGGGAAGUGGCAGAGCUACAGCGCAGGAGACAUCCCGAAAAAUUGGUCUUCUCAUGAAAACGUCUGUAGCAUCCGAUACGGUCUGCAAACUCCAAACCGUUUGGGCUAAAAAACAAAUAUGGAAAGGGGAGACUCUUACGAAGCCGAUGGUGUUCCCCGUUUUGCUUUAUGACCCCUACAAGUGUAACGGGACUCAUUUGAAGGUAACCUGGUACUGGCUUAAAAAAAUGAAUGGAAGUAUGGAAGCAGUUUUGUGCCAACAAAAAAAGGGGGUUAAAUGUGUCAAAAAAUAAAUAUAUAUUUCCUGAGCUUUCGUAUAUCUCGCAUAAACUUUAAAAACCUGAUUCCUUAUGAUUUAUUUUUUGACUGUCUGUUUUGCCAUUUAUGAAUGUGUUAGUCAAUGCAUUUCUAUAGGCUAAAGUAGUAAAGACAAAAUUCAAUAUUUUAUCAAAUAAUUGUUUUAUAUAUAUUUUGUUAUACCUACAGGGGUCCUACAAUUAUAAAUCAAAUAGCUAAAUGAUCCAUGGUAUGACCAUCUUAAAACAAUUCCAUAUGUUAGCUUAGUAGACCCCUAUGGGCCCUGAUCAAAAUAAGUGCACUACAUAGGAAAUAGGGUGCUAUUUGGGACACACAGCCUAACAUUUCCCCGCCUGUCUGAUCUCCCCAUAUCUUCCAGAAAAGAGAUCUCUCAGCACAUCGACAUCGCCCACAACUUCACCCUGACCCGGAGCAGCGUGCGCGUGGGUCAGCUGAUGCACUACGACUACUCCAGCCACAAGUACGUCUUCUCCGUCGGAGAGAACUUCAAGUCCCUGCUCCCCGAGGCCUCCCCCAUCGUCAACAGGCACUACAACGUGUGCGCCGUGGUGGGCAACAGCGGCAUCCUCACAGGGAGUCGCUGCGGCCCCGAGAUCGAGAAGUUUGACUUUGUCUUCCGUUGCAACUUCGCUCCCACCGAGAUCUUCCGCCGGGACGUGGGGCGGAGGACCAACCUCACGACCUUUAACCCCAGCAUCCUGGAGAAGUACUACAACAAUCUGCUGACCAUCCAGGACAGGAACAACUUCUUCCUGAGUCUCAAGAAGCUGGACAGGGCCAUACUCUGGAUCCCUGCCUUCUUCUUCCAUACCUCGGCCACGGUGACCAGGACCCUGGUGGACUUCUUUGUGGAGCACAGAGGACAGCUGAAGGUUCAGCUAGCGUGGCCUGGCAACAUCAUGCAGUACGUCAACCGGUAAGACUGGACACACCUGACUGAUUGGUUUAUUGAUACAUUUAUUGAUUUGUUGAUUGAUUGAUUUGUUGAUUGAGUGAUUGAUUUAUUGGUUGAUUGAUUGAUUGAUUGAUUUUGUUUAUUGUCAUUCAAGAGGAAACACUUAACACCUCAAAAGUUACAUAGAAUCACAACUGGACACACCUAGCAUAGCAUUGGACACACCUAGCAUAGCAUUGGAUACACCUAGCAUAGCACUGGACACACCUAGCAUAGCAUUAGACACCCCUAACUUAGCAUUGAACCAGAGGAGGCAAGUGGGAGGACGGGCUCAUUUUAAUGGCUGGAAUGGAAUAAAUGGAACGGUAUCAAACGCAUCAAACAUACGGAAACAGCAUGUUUGACUCCGUUGCAUUUAUUUUAUUUCACCCCAUUACAAUUAGCCCGUCCUCCUACAGCUUCUCCCACCAGCCUCCUCUGCAUUGGACACACCCAACAUAGCAUUUUGACUUUUGUAUGUUCUUCUCAGAAAUAGAUUAUUAAGAUUUUCUUGCAACAUUGUACAAUUUGUCUUUAUGUCAUGCACACAAUCCAUUCUUCUUACCAUAACCUCUCCCCCAGUAACUGACAUGAAAUGUAGUAAUACCCUAAGGAAAGAACAGCUAUCAUUGACCAACACUAUGCAUAUAUUACCUAGGUCUUCUCGUCUACUCUAAAUGGAUAAGCAGCAUAUUGAGGUUUCCACCUCAUUUCCCAAAACUUUUAAAACACGGAAGCCAAAUGCGGAAACUAUGGAUACAACUUCCUCCGCGCUCGUGCAGUAUCAUAAUUCAUAUGCGCGCCGCUAGAAAUCCCCGCAUUAGCAUGUUUCUGUUAGCUGAUACAUCCUGAAAAAAAGAUAUACCAUAUUACUGGCCUGCUAAUGUGCCUGGACCUUGUAGGAUAAACUGCAGAGAAAAACCCCAUAACUGAUCGAAAUGGUUGCCCAAUCAGGCAGGCUAGAUGCAGUUGAAAAUGCCAGGCUUUUGAGCGGUUAUUCAAAUGAAUAAUAGAAUAAUAACAAUAUUGUUUUGAACGUUUGCUUUGAACUGAUGCCCGACUGAGCGUUCUACUCAAUGCAUCAUCAAUGAGCGCUGAUGAAGAUGUAAUCAAAAGUGCAUUACAAUGGCUUGGAAAUACAAUGACACUCAAAAGGAGGCAAAUAAUUACUAGGAAAAGCUUUUGUCAUCAUUUUUGAUGUCCCUAGAUUGACUUUAGAUGCAGUAUAACGCUAAAAUAGAGGGGAGGCCACCAGGAAAUUAGCUAGCUAACGUUAGCAUUUCUAGCUAUUUUUGACGAACUUUGCUAGCUAAUGACAACAUUGCCAUCUGUCUAAAGUAAAUUUGACGACAUGAUAAUGCUGGCAAUGUUGUUUCCUACUAAAUAUCUGGCUACUUUAGCAAUUUCAUUGUAUUUCCAGGCACUAUAGUGUAAUUUAUACGAAACAGUAGUUAGCCUCCAUCCAGAUUGACUGGGUUUAUCACCACUUUAGGGCACCACUAUGGCAUGACGCGACCGAGUGAUGGAGGUGCAACCUAUGAAUACUAGAGUUUUGUACUCACUUGAAAACAAUAGCAUUCUUCCUUACAUUGUGUUGUUGUAGCCUAGGUAGGAUACAUUUCUUGUCCCUAAAAAACUGAAACAAUAGGGUAGCUUUUUAAGCUGGUAAUCAGGGACUGGGAGAUAGCACACUCAGCGCAGCCUCGGGAGCACACAUAAUGUAGGCUACCUAUGAUUUCGUUAUCUGAUACUUUUUUUUUGUUCGCUGUGUAAAUUCACUGGAUAUAUUCACAUUGACUUUAUGAAUUCUGGGCUAGUAUGCAUACGCUUCUAACUUAGGGUAUAGCUCGAGCCUGUCUGUCUUUGUUCUGUUGCGCAAUUACGCACCUGGCCUCUCCGCUGCCACGGAUACAAAACAUUGUUGGACACUUAUUGUGACUGAUUUUCUUUAGUCUACUAACAGCCUAUUGGAUGAGAGAUACACGCUUGCUCUUCCGUGCAGAAUGUAAAAUACACAAUCGCCGAAUACAACAGGUGUAGUAGACCUUACAGUGAAAUGCUUACUUACAAGCCCUUAACCAUCAAUGCCGUUUUUAAGAAAGAAUACCAAAAAGAAAUCACACAAAAAAAUACAAUAUAAAAUAAUACGAAAUAAAAGUAACAAAUAGUUAAAGAGCAGCAGCAGAAAUAACAAUAGCGAGGCUAUUACAGGGGGUACCGGUACCGAGUCAAUGUGCGGGGGCACUGGUUAGUCGAGGACAAUAUUUAUGGACAAUAAUUGUGUACUCACUUGAUAAUAAUUGUUGUGCUAGCCCAGGUAUAAUAAUGUUAUUGUUUAAAAACGUAGGUCUAAUAAAUAGUGGUGCUGUAAAAACGUGUAGCUGGAGCAGUCUGAGUAGUUGGCUUCUGAGCCGUCACCCGCUAGUGACUGAAUCCCUGAUAUACCUGGUUCUGACUCACUGCAGGCUGUUCGGCAAGAACUUCUCAGUCCAGGACGUUUAUUAUAUUCACCACUACCACACUAUAGUAUUCACACUCAGAAAUCUGUACCUGUGGUUCUAUAAGGGAAUGGAGACAUAUAAACAUAUUAACUAUAGUAAUGCAGCAAUACAACAGGAUCUGUACAUAGCCUGGUAGAAUGGCAUUACAUACAUGGACGUGUAUAAACUCCUUGCUAUAGAGAGAGAUAACUAAUUAUUCUGAAGGCACGAUUUAUAGCCCUCUCUGUCUUAUCUGAUCUAUGUCUGGAUGUAGAUCUUAUCUGAUCUGUGUCUGGUGCCACAGAGUCAUACAUCUUACUGAGGACAGUCUGAAACUUCUAGAAUCAAAUCAAAUCAAAUUUUCUUUGUCACAUGCGCAAAAUACAACAGGUGUAGACCUUACAGUGAAAUGCUUACUUACAAGCCCUUAACCAACAAUGAAGUUUUAAGAAAAAUAAGUGUUAAGUAAAAAAUCGAUUAAAGAGCAGCAGUAAAAUAACAGUGGUGAGGCUAUAUACAGGGGGGUACCGGUACAGAGUCAAUGUGCGGGGGCACCGGUUAGUUGAGGUAAUUGAGGUAAUAUGUACAUGUAGGUAGAGUUAAAGUGACUAUGCAUAGAUAAUAAACAGAGAGUGGCAGCAGCGUAAAAGAGGGGUUGGGGGGGGGGAAGCUGUUAAGAAGCCUUUUGGACCUAUACUUGGUGCUCCAGUACCGCUUGCCGUGCGGUAGCAGAGAGAACAGUCUAUGACUAGGGUGGCUGGAGUCUUUGACAAUUUUGAGGGCCUUCCUCUGACACCGCCUGGUAUAGAGGUCCUGGAUGGCAGGAAGCUUGGCCCCAGUGAUGUACUGGGCCGUACGCACUACCCUCUGUAGUGCCUUGCGGUUGGAGGCCGAGCAGUUGCCAUACCAGGCAGUGAUACAACCAGUCAGGAUGCUCUCGAUGGUGCAACUGUAUAACUUUUGGAAGAUCUGAGGACCCAUGCCAAAUCUUUUCAGUCUCCUGAGGGGGAAUAGGCUUUGUCGUGCCCUCUUCACGACUGUCUUGGUGUGUUUGGACCAUGUAGUUUGUUGGUGAUGUGGACACCAAGGAACUUGAAGCUCUCAACCUGCUCCAGUACAGCCCCGUCGAUGAGAAUGGGGGCAUGCUCGGUCCUCCUUUUCCUGUAGUCCACAAUCAUCUCCUUUGUCUCGGUCACGUUGAGGGAGAGGUUGUUAUCCUGGCACCACACGGCCAGGUCUCUGACCUCCUCCCUAUAGGCUGUCUCAUCGUUGUCGGUGAUCAGGCCCCACUGUUGUGUCGUCAGCUAACUUAAUGAUGGUGUUGAAGUCGUUCCUGGCCAUGCAGUCAUGGGUGAACAGGGAGUACAGGAGGGGACUGAGCACGCACACCUGAGGGGCCCCCGUGUUGAGGAUCAGCGUGGCAGAUGUGUUGUUUCCUACCCUUACCACCUGUGGGCGGCCCGUCAGGAAGUCCAGGAUCCAGUUGCAGAGGGAGGUGUUUAGUCCCAGGGUCCUUAGCUUAGUGAUGAACUUUGAGGGCACUAUGGUGUUGAACGCUGAACUGUAGUCAAUGAAUAGCAUUCUCACAUAGGUGUUCCUUUUGUCCAGGUGGGAAAGGGAAGUGUGGAGUGCAAAAGAGAUUGCAUCAUCUGUGGAUCUGUUGUGGUGGUAUGCAAAUCGGAGUGGAUCUAGGGUUUCUGGGAAAAUGGUGUUGAUGUGAGCCAUGACCAGCCUUUCAAAGCACUUCAUGGCUACAGAUGUGAGUGCUACGGGUCUGUAGUCAUUUAGGCAGGUUACCUUAGUGUUCUUGGGCACAGGGACUAUGGCGGUCUGCUUGAAACAUGUUGGUAUUACAGACUCAGUCAGGGACAGGUUGAAAAUGUCAGUGAAGACACUUGCAAGUUGGUCAGUGCAUGCUCGGAGUACACGUCCUGGUAAUCCGUUUGGCCCUGCGGCCUUGUGAAUGUUGACCUGUUUAAAGGUCUUACUCACAUCGGCUAUGGAGAGCAUGAUCACACAGUCGUCCAGAACAGCUGAUGCUCUCAUGCAUGCUUCAGUGUUGCUUGCCUCGAAGCGAGCAUCGAAGUAAUUUAGCUCGUCUGGUAGGCUUGUGUCACUGGGCAGCUUGCGUCUGUGCUUCCCUUUGUAGUAUUUAAACGUUUGCAAGCCCUGCCACAUCCGACUAGCGUCAGAGCCGGUGUAGUACGAUUCAAUCUUAGUCCUGUGUUGACGCUUUGCCUGUUUGAUGGUUCGUCGGAAGGCAUAGCAAUAUUUUUCUUAUAAGCGUCCGGGUUAGAGUCCCACUCCUUGAAAGCAACAGCUCUACCCUUUAGCUCAGUGCAGAUGUUGCCUGUAAUCCAUGGCUUCUGGUUGGGGUGUGUACGUACGGUCACUGUGGGGACAACGUCAUUGAUGCACUUAUUGAUGAAGCCAGUGACUGAUGUGGUGUACUCCUCAAUGCCAUCGGAAGAAUCCCGGAACAUAUUCCAGUCUGUGCUAGUAAAACAGUCCUGUAGCUUAGCAUCUGCGUCAUCUGACCACUUCUUUAUUGACUGAGUCACUGGUGCUUCCUGCUUUAGAUUUUGCUUGUAAGCAGGAAUCAGAAGGAUAGAAUUAUGGUCAGAUUUGCCAAAUGGAGGGCGAGGGAGAGCUUUGUACGCGUCUCUGUGUAUGGAGUAAAGGUGGUCUAGAGUUUUUUUCCCUCAGGUUGCACAUUUAACAUGCUGGUAGAAAUGAGGUAAAAACGGAUGUACGUUUCCCUGCAUUAAAGUCCCUGGCCACUAGGAGCGCCGCCUCUGGAUGAGCGUUUUCCUGUUUGCUUAUGUACCCAAGAAAGCAAAGGUAACUGAAUGAAAUAACUAUCGCCCUGUAGCACUCACCUCUGUCAUCAUGAAGUGCUUUGAGAGACUAGUCAAGGAUCAUAUCACCUCUACCUUACCUGUCACCCUAGACCCACUUCAAUUUGCUUACCGCCCCAAUAGAUCCACAGACGAUGCAAUCGCCAUCACACUGCACACUGCCCUAUCCCAUCUGGACAAGAGGAAUACCUAUGUAAGAAUGCUGUUCAUUGACUAUAGCUCAGCAUUCAACACCAUAGUACCCUCCAAGCUCAUCAUUAAGCUCAAGGCCCUGGGUCUGAACCCCGCCCUGUACAACUGGGUCCUGGACUUCCUGACGGGCCACCCCCAGGUGGUGAAGGUAGGAAACAACAUCUACACUUCGCUGAUCCUCAACAGUGGGGCCCCACAAGGGUGCGUGCUCAGACCCUUCCUGUACUCCCUGUUCACCCAUGACUGCGUGGCCAAGCACGCCUCAAACUCAAUCAUUUGUUUGCAGAUGACACAACAGUAGUAGGCUUGAUUACCAACAAUGACGAGACAGCCUACAGGGAGGAGGUGAGGGCUCUGGGAGUGUGAUACCAGGAAAAUAACUUCUCACUCAACGUCAACAAAACAAAGGAGAUGAUCGUGGACUUCAGGAAACAGCAGAGGGUGCACCCCCCUAUCCACAUCGACGGGACCGCAGUGUAGAAGGUAGAAAGCUUUAAGUUCCUUGGCGUACACAUCACCGACAAACUGAAAUGGUCCACCCACGCAGACAGUGUGGUGAAGAAGGCGCAACAGAGCCUCUUCAACCUCAGGAGGCUGAAGAAAUUCGGCUUGGCCACCUAAAACCCUCACAAACGUUUACAGAUGCACAAUUGAGAGUAUCCUGUCGGGCUGUAUCACCGCCUGGUAUGGCAACUGCACCGCCCACAACCACAGGGCUCUCCAUAGGGUGGUGCGGUCUGCCGAACGCAUUAACGGGGGCAAACUACCCGCCCUCCAAGACACCUACAGCACCCGAUGUCACAGGAAGGCCCAAAAUAUCAUCAAGGACAUCAACCACCCGAGCCACUGCCUGUUCACCCCGCUAUCAUCCAGAAGGCGAGGUCAGUACAGGUGCAUCAAAGCUGGGACCGAGAGAAUGAAAACCAGCUUCUAUCUCAAGGCCUUCAGACUGUUAAAUAGCUAUCACUAGCACAUUAGAGGCUGCUGCUGCCUAUUGAAAACACUGGCCACUUUAAGAAAUGGAACACUAGUCACUUUAAUAAUGUUUACAUAUCUUGCACUACUCAUCUCAUAUGUAUAUACUGUAUUCUAUUCUAUAAUAUUAUACUGUAUCUUAGUCCAUGCUGCUCUGUCAUUGCUUGUCCAUAUAUGUAUAUAUUCUUAAAUUCCAUUCCUUACUAGUUUUGUGUGUAUUGGGUAUAUGUUGUGAAAUUGUUAGAUAUUACUUGUUAGAUAUUACUGCACUGUCGGAGCUAGAAUCACAAGCAUUUCGCUACACCCGCUAUAACAUCUGCUGAACACGUGUAUGUGACAAAUAAAAUUAGAUUUGGUUUAUGGCCUUAUACAGCUCAUUGAGUGCGGUCUUAGUGCCAGCUUCGGUUUGUGGUGGUAAAUAGACAGCUUCGAAAAUUAUAGAUGAAAACUCUCUUGGGUAAAUAGUGUGGUCUACAGCUUAUCAUGAGAUGCUCUACCUCAGGCGAGCAAAACCUCGAGACUUCUUUAGUAUUAGAUAUCGUGCACCAGCUGUUGUUUACAAAUAUUCACAGACCGCCACCCCUUGUCUUACCGGAGGCAGCUGUUCUAUCCUGCCGAUACAGUGUAUAUCCCGGCAGCUAUAUGUUAUCCAUGUCGUCGUUCAGCCACGACUCGGUGGUACAUAAGAUAUUGCAGUUUUUAAUGUCCCGUUGGUAGGAUAUUCGUGAUCGUAGUUCAUCUAUUUUGUUAUCCAAUGAUUGUACGUUGGCUAAUAGGACUGAUGGUAGAGGCAGAUUACCCACUCGCUGUCGGAUCCUUACAAGGCACCCCGACCUACGUCCCCGAUAUCUCCGUCUCUUUCUCCUGCGAAUGACGGGGAUUUGGGCCUUGUCGGGUGUCUGAAGUAAAUCCUUCGUGUCCGACUCGUUAAAGAAAAAAUCUUCGUCCAGUACGAAGUGAGUAAUCGCUGUCCUGAUAUCCAGAAGCUCUUUUCGGUCAUAAGAGACGGUGGCAGAAACAUUAUGUACAAAAUAUGUUACAAAUAACGCGAAAAAACACACACAAUAGCACAAUUGGUUAGCCAUCUCCUCCGGUGCCAUUUAUAACCAUAUGGUUUAACAGAACUAUGAAAGAAUUAGCGGUGAAGUGCGCAUAUAGCCUAUAGGAAUUAACCAUCUCUAAACAAUCAUGCAUUCAAUGCAAUAUAAACAACGUGCAAAUGGAGUAUCUGAAAUAUUCAAGCUGCAGCAGUACUAUACACCUACAGAUGUAACAAGGUAAUUAGACCUGAAGGUAAUCGCUUACAGUCAAUCAUCAUAAUGUAGGUAACUUAAACCUCCCGACAAUAAACCCCACAACUCACUUCUUGGAUGCAUGCACAAUCUUCCUAAAAUAAACAGUCAAACUUGGUCGCUAACCAGAACUUGCUAAUGGGACUGUGGGGAAAGUCAUGUGCACAGGCGUUGCCUUUUUUUACAGUCUGGCCAUACUAGAGGGGCAGCUGAUAGCCAUUGUCACUUCAGAGAACCAUGGGGGGCCAGGGGGGGUGCACAAUGUUGUGGGAACAGUGUCGAACUCAGCUGGUGCAGGGCCGCUGGGGCCCUUCCAUGGGCGCUGAGUACAAUGCCGGAAUGCUGGCUACAGCUGAAGGAGGUAUCUCGACCUACUGCGGCGGAGGAAUGUGGCACGCCUGCCACAACUGUCUUUGGCAGCUCACUGAGGUUGGUGACUCUUUCACCACUGCUCCCAUAGUGGAACAGGCAGGGACCCCUGGGUGAGGCUCGUCAAGGAUCCGGAGGCAGUGCCCGGCUGGGCCCCAGAGAUGAGGUCAGGCGGUUCCCCAGGUGCGAGGGCCGGAGGGUCCCCAGGUCAAGGAACGGUGGAUCCCCAGGUCAGGGGGCUGAGGGCCUAGCAGGGCAGGAAACCCAGGCCCUGACAGGGCAGGGGACUUGGAACCUACUACUAAGACUGAGGACUGCAAGCCAGGUAUGGUCAUUGUGGCCGCAGGCUGGGACUUGACUGAGGCAGGCUGAACUUCGAAGACAGGACGGGGCUGACACCACCAGGCCGUGGAGGGAGAGGCCCCAACAACUGGGCUGUACUUGACAUCUGCAGUAGCUGCAGGCUGUAGCUCCAUCCUAGGAGCAGGUGAAGAAUCCACCGCUAGCUUGGGCACCAGGCCAAGAGCAGGAAAGGCCGGUGGAGGGUUCCAGGGCAGCAGGCAGUCAAACCUCGGGCACCCGAGCGUCUGCCUCAACCAGCAGGGGCUCCUUAGUCGAGGCUCAGCCUGAGGGGGGUGCAGACAUUGGUGUCGUGGACUGUGCACUCCGGAGUUGAGUUGAUCUGAUGGGGAACUAGUCCGCACUGGACAGCAGAAGCGGAUCCGGCGCUCUGGUGGCUUGGGUAGGGGGGACAUAACACAGUGUCGGUCUGGGGAGCAGCUGGGCCAGCUCGGGGGAGAAGUGGCGCUCCCGAUACUCUGGUAAAUGCGACGUAGGCUCUGCCAGGGGGACCUGAAGCGACGACGAUCUGGUGAAUAACUGGGCCACCUAGGGACAUAGUGGAAGUACCAACAGUCUCGUGAAGGUGGUAAAUGCGCUGGCUGGGGAGGCCUGGAGUAGUGUCUGUCAGGGGAGUAGCCGGGCCGACUCGGGGAGUUUCCGCUGUAGUGGCGCUCCCGUGGCGGUGACGAUGGCUCUAGCCGGAGAGGCCUAGAGCGGUGGUGGGCAGGAGAGUAGCAGCGGUACCGGUGCUCCCGCUGCCGGGAGGUUCUAGAAUACGCCAUCCUGAUCUCUUGCUGCGCUCCUCGUAUUCUCUCAGCAGCUCCCAACUGGUGAGGGUGUGGUCACUCGCUGACCACUGAGGAGGCUUGGAGCAGGGCUGGUCGACUGUAGGAUGAGAGAGGUGCAUAAGGCCUCGCAGCCAUGGCUUAACAGUUGUGGGAACUAUGAAAGAACAGUGGUAAAGUGCGCCUACAUAUACAAUAACAUCUACUGCAAAAUACAUUCAAUGCAAUACAGGCACUUAUAAAACGACCUGCACAAUAUACAAGCUGUAGCAAGUACUAAACAGCUACAGCUACAGAUGUAACAAGGUAAUUGCUUGCAGUCAAUCCCCGUAACGUAGCAUUAACCCUCCCGACAAUAAACCCCACAACUCACUUCUUGGACACGUUGCACAAUCUUCCUAAAAUAAACACAGUCAACUUGGUCGCUAACCAGAACUUGCGUUUUCUUCUUCCGGGCGACUAAAAGUACUGACCUGGAGUGGGGAGGGGUCAGAGUACAAAUGUGCAUUCGGGCACGCUGAUUGGUGGAAACCAGGAGGCAGUAAUAGACAGCUGAGAAGGGGAGAAAUCACACCAAUAGUGUUCAACUGCAGCCUCCAAUUCGGGGUGGUCCUGCGUUUCCCUCGAGGAUCCCAUUGGUUCCUCCUUCAUGAACCACCCCCCCCCCUCCCCCCUCCCCUCGAGGAUCCCAUUGGUUCCUCCUUCAUGAACACCCCCUCCCCCCCCCCCCCCCUCCCCUCGAGGAUCCCAUUGGUUUCUCCUUCAUGAACAUCUUGAUGCUUGUGACACUUUUGAAUGUGGGUCAAAAGGGAAAUGAAAGUAUUAUCUGAGCCGUUAGACGGUGUCAGUUGCUCCAGUCUGUCGAACACCUGCCUUCGCCAUCGUUAACAGAACUGAGGGAAAACAGUGCCCGACAGGCGGAGGCGAAGGACACCGUCUACCGGUCGCUCCCGCUUCCCUCUAGCAUAGCAGGCGGGAGGCUGGGGCGACACUGUGUGUUAGCUAACUAGCAUGCUAACAUUUUCACAACAGAACCAUCCUACUAGUAGGUCUAGCUAACAUUAUUAUCACAACAGAACUAGCCUAGGUCUAGCUAACGUUAGAGACCUUGAAUUAAAUCAAUAUAAAAUUACACUUAUACACUUACAUUUAUACUUGUUUACUUGACUUUUAUGCUCUAUAAAUUGAGUCCUUCAAAUAAUUGACUCUGGCACGUUUGCCACCGGCGCACUGCAGUAGGGAAGUAAAGAGGAAGUGAAUCCAUCACUUCCGUUGUUUGGCUGUUGUCUAACAUUCCAAAUGAAGUGGAUAGUAUAUAUUUUACCUUUAUUUAACUAGGCAAGUCAGUUAAGAACAAAUUGUUAUUUACAAUGACGGCCUACACCGGCCAAACCCGGACGACGCUGGGCCAAUUGUGCGCCGCCCUAUGGGACUCCCAAUCACGUCCGGUUGUGUUAGAGCCUGGAAUCGAACCAGGGGGUCUGUAGUGACGCCUCAAGCACUGAGAUGCAGUGCCUUAGACCGCUGCGCCACUCGGGAGCCCAUAUGAUAUGGAGAGAGAGGGAUUUAGAACGGGAAGCUGCCUGCUUGUAAGGAGAUAUCUGUCUGUGAAUGGGUCUGGUACAGAGUUCUGUCUGUGAAUGGGUCUGGUACAGAGUUCUGUCUGUGAAUGGGUCUGGUACAGAGUUCUGUCUGUGAAUGGGUCUGGUACAGAGAUAGACAUAUGAAGAGGGGCUUAAUUUACCCCUGGCUUGCUGUUGCUUCUAGAAGAGACUGGAGAUGAGUCCCAAAUGGCACCCUAUUCCCUAUAUAGUGCACUACCAGAGCCCUGUGGGCCUUUGUCAAAAGUAGUGUGCUAGAAAGUGAAUAGGGUGCUAUUUGGGAUUCAGACUGGUUGUACUGUAAUCUCCCUCAAUCCCAUUAAAGUAACCUUCUCGCACAGAAUUACUCCAUUUUAACAAGCUCAGUCCGCAUUAAGACGACAGUGUCUAUUGUGUCCAUUGUUGAGGGGCCAAUUUUAUUUUGUGAUAAAGCAUCAAUCGUUUUUAAUUGGUUUUCAACUUAAUACUGCAGCAUGUACAGCACUCACACACACACACACACACACACACACACACACACACACACACACACACACACACGCAAACACAAACGCACACACACACACACAUAAACACAUACACACACAUAAACACACACACGCACACACACACACACAUAAACACACACACACACACAUAAACACAUACACACACACAUAAACAUAUACACAUAAACACAAACACACACACAUAAACACACACACACAUACAUACACACAUAAACACACACACACACACACACAAUCAUAAAAACACGCACACACAUAAGCACACACACACACACACACACAUGAACACACACACACACACACACAUAAACACACACACACACACAUAAACACACACACACAUUGUCAUGGCUUAACCUAUGUAAUCGUUUCACUGUGUUCCUAACCAUACUAUAUAACCAUGCCUGUUCACUUGGUGUAGAUACUGGAAUCUUCUUCUUCUUCUUCUGUGUUCCUAACCGUCCUAACAGUAACCGUCCUAACAGUAACCGUCCUAACAGUAACCAUCCUAACAGUAACCAUUCCAACAGUAACCAUCCUAACAGUAACCAUCCUAACAGCUAACCUCCAACAGUAACCGUCCUAACCAGUAACCCUAACAGUAACCAUCCUAACAGUAACCAUCCUAACAGUAACCAUCCUAACAGUAACCGUCCUAACAGUAACCAUCCUACAACACUAACCGUCCUAACAGUAACCAUCCUAACAGUAACCGUCCUAACAGUAACCAUCACUAACACAGUAACCAUCCUAACAGUAACCAUCCUAACAGUAACCGUCCUAACAGUAACCGUCCUAACAGUAACCAUCCUAACAGUAACCAUCCUAACAGUAACCAUGCUAACAGUAACCGUCCUAACAGUAACCGUCCUAACAGUAACCGUCCUAACAGUAACCAUCCUAACAGUAACCAUCCUAACAGUAACCGUCCUAACAGUAACCGUCCUAACAGUAACCGUCCUAACAGUAACCGUCCUAACAGUAACCGUCCUAACAGUAACCAUCCUAACAGUAACCGUCCUAACAGUAACCAGUCCUAACAGUAACCAUCCUAACAGUAACCGUCCUAACAGUAACCGUCCUAACAGUAACCGUCUAACACGUAACCCGUCACUCAACAGUAACCAUCCUAACAGUAACCAGUCCUAACAGUAACCGUCCUAACAGUAACCGUCCUAACAGUAACCGUCCUAACAGUAACCACUCCUAACAGUAACCAUCUAACAGUAACCGUCCUAACAGUAACCGUCCUAACAGUAACCAUCCUAACAGUAACCAUCUAACAGUAACCAUCCUAACAGUAACCUCCUAACAGUAACCGUCCUAACAGUAACACGUCCUAACAGUAACCGUCCUAACAGUAACCAUCUAACAUAACCAUCCUAACAGUAACCAUCCUAACAGUAACCCGUCCUAUCACGUAACCGUCCUAACAGUAACCGUCCUAACAGUAACCUCCUAACAUAACCUCCUAACAGUAACCGUCCUAACAGUAACCUCCUAACAGUAACCGUCCUAACAGUAACCGUCCUAACAGUAACAUCCUAACUAACCAUCCUAACAGUAACCAUCCUAACAGUAACCAUCCUAACAGUAACCAUGCUAACAGUAACCAUCCUAACAGUUAACCGUCCUAACAGUAACCGUCUAACGUACCCCUAACAUACCUCCUAACGUAACCGUCCUAACAGUAACCGUCCUAACAGUAACCUCCUAACAGUAACCAUCCUAACAGUAACCAUCCUAACAGUAACCAUCUAACAGUAACCAUCCUAACAGUAACCAUGCUAACAGUAACCAUCCUAAACCGUCUACGUAACCGUCCUAACAGUAACCGUCCUAACAUUUAACCGUCUAACAGUAACCGUCCUAACAGUAACCGUCCUAACAGUAACCAGUCCAACAGUAACCAUCCUAACAGUAACCAUCCUAACAGAAACCUUUCUAACAGUAACCAUCCUAACAGUAACCUUUCCUAACAGUAACCUCCAACAGUAACCAUCCUAACAGUAACCAUCCUAACAGUAACCGUCCUAACAGUAACCAUUCCAACAGUAACCAUUCCAACAGUAACCAUCCAAACAGUAACCAUUCCAACAGUAACCAGUCCUAACAGUAACCAUUCCUAACAGUAACUCAUCCUAACAGUAACCUUUCCAACAGUAACCUCCAACAGUAACCAUCCAACAGUAACCAUUCAACAGUAACCAUUCCAACAGUAACCUUUCCAACAGUAACCAUCCAACAGUAACGUCCAACGUAACCAUUCCAACAGUAACCAUUCCAACAGUAACCAUUCCAACAGUAACCAUUCCAACAGUAACCAUUCCAACAGUAACCAUUCCUAACAGUAACCAGUUCCAACAGUAACCAUUCCAACAGUAACCAUCCUAAACAGUAACCAUUCCAACAGUAACCAUCCUAACAGUAACCAUCCAACAGUAACCAUCCUAACAGUAACCUUCCAACAGUAACCAUCCUAACAGUAACCAUCCAACAGUAACCAUUCAACAGAACCAUUCCUAACAGUAACCAUUCCAACAGUAACCUCCAACAGUAACCAUUCCAACAGUAACCUUUCCAUACAGAACCACUCCAACAGUAACCAUUCAACAGCCUUAAUCCAUCCAACGUAACAUUCAACGUAACCUGUCUCACGACCAUUCCAACAGUAACCAUUCAACAGUACCUUCCACGGAACCUUCAAUAAGGAACAUCCAACAGUAACAUUCCAACAGUAACCAUUCCAACAGUAACCAUUCCAACAGUAACCAUUCCAACAGUAACCAUUCCAACAGUAACCAUUCCAACAGUAACCAUUCCAACAGUAACCAUUCCAACAGUAACCAUUCCAACAGUAACCAUUCCAACAGUAACCAUUCCAACAGUAACCAUUCCAACAGUAACCAUUCCAACAGUAACCAUUCCAACAGUAACCAUUCCAACAGUAACCAUUCCAACAGUAACCAUUCCAACAGUAACCAUUCCAACAGUAACCAUUCCAACAGUAACCAUUCCAACAGUAACCAUUCCAACAGUAACCAUUCCAACAGUAACCAUUCCAACAGUAACCAUUCCAACAGUAACCAUUCCAACAGUAACCAUUCCAACAGUAACCAUUCCAACAGUAACCAAUUCUAACCCUGUCUGUCUGUUGGUGUCUGUUAGAUACUGGAAGACCAAGCAGCUGUCACCGAAGCGUCUGAGCACGGGGAUCCUCAUGUACACUCUGGCCUCAUCCAUGUGUGAGGAGAUCCACCUGUACGGCUUCUGGCCCUUUGGCUGGGACCCCAACACGGGCAAGGAGCUGCCCUACCACUACUACGACAAGAAGGGUACCAAGUUCACCACCAAGUGGCAGGAGUCCCACCAGCUGCCAGCAGAGUUCAAACUACUCUAUAAGAUGCACACGGAGGGACUUAUCAAACUAACGCUCUCACAUUGUGCCUAG